AUGGACGUCGAGACUGUUGAAGAGGACGACAACAUUUUGGGGAAUGAUGAAGAUGACGAAAGCAUCGACGAUUUUCCUUUGACCGAUGAAGAGAAAGACUUUAUUGCUCAGGAACUGGCCAAGCAGAAGGAUCAAACCGAUGAAGAGAAAGACUUCAUUGCUCAGGUACUUGCCGAGCAGGACGCCAAGAAGACGAAUGGCACUGUGUUGAAAAGCGCUGGUUUUGGUUCUUUAGAAGACCGAAAUGAGAUAGAUUUAGACGACAAAAACGUGGACAUGGAUUGGCUUCUUUCCAUUGACGCCACUGAGGAUGCUUCUGCUCCCAAGAAGAGAGGAGGAGUGGAUUCCUCCAUCAUUACUGUGGAUGAGAAGGGCAUGGAUCUGGAGUCGCGAGAUGCCUCUAUUGCUGACAAGGGCAGCCUGUUUUCUGUGAAGAAUUCCUCAUCCGUCGCCAAAGGAGCGGACAAGGUUGGCAGCUCUUCUACAGCAGCCGCAUCUACAGAGAGUGUGCCUGCCAAAUGCAACCCAAAGCUUUCCGAUGAGCCUGUAAAAGAGAAACCAAAACAUAUAACAGGUGGCGGCAGUGCAGGUGGUGGAGCAACUGGCGGUGUAAGUUUUGGCGUUGGUGCUGACAAGAGCCCUGCCAAGAAACUGGUCACCACAAUGAACGACAUGAUGAUGAUGGAUGUGAGCACUCCUUCGAAGAAGAGCUCCUCUGGUUCAAGGGCCGACAAUGCUUCCACAAUGGGCAUGGGUUUUAGUGCUGCCACGAAAACGGACAAUGUGCACCCGGAGAAGAUGGAUGGCACUGCCAAGCAAUCUGACACAUUGGGUCGUGCGCAAAGGAGAGUUUCAUUCGCUGGUACUCUGGAAGUUGGUGCUACUGAAGUUGUUGACCAUGGCAAAAAGGGUCGAACUUUGACUCCCAAGAAAGACGGUGAUCCCAAGAAAAGCCCUGCCAACAAGAAGGCACGCUCAGAUCACAAUCAAAAGGGAGAUUCAAUGGAAGUAGAAGAAGAACACUCAAGCGCGGGUGCGGCUGACAACACUCCCAGGGCCAACAAGAAAAACAAAGGAGUGCCACUGACUGCAACAAAGAAGAGUCCAGUGCCGAAACGACCAAACAACUCUGCUACGCCAAGCAAGGCCACCCCAAGCAAGGACACCCGCAAGAAUCUGUUUCGUGCUCUCAGCGAGGCGGCAGUGGCUGGCGACAACUCUGACAACCAUGUGUCGGCCAGCGCAGCUGGAAAUACAAAGCCUCCCAAAAAGCCAACUGGGAGUGGUGCUUCCAUUGUCGACAGCAGCAAGAGUUCCUCUGGUGGGGACGUAUCAGUUGUGGAAAAGGCUGGAAGCUCCAAGCCGUCCGAACAGCCACCCAAGCCAACUGGGAGUGGUGCUUCCAUUGUCGACGGCAGCAAGAGUUCCUCUGGUGGGGACGUAUCAGUUGCGGAAAAGGCUGGAAGCUCCAAGCAGUCCGAACAGCCACCCAAGACAACUGGGAGUGGUGCUUCUGGCUUCGUCUCCAGCAAAAGUUCCACAGCAUCCACUGAGAAGGACUUGUCAGAUGUUCCAAAGGCUGGAAGUGCGAAACAUUCUGAACAGCCACCCAAGACAACCGGGAGUGAGGCACUCACCCAAACUGAGGGUGGCGUCACUGACAACAGCAAGAGUGCGAGGAGUGCUACUGCAGCCUCUGCUGGGGAGUUUUCAGUUGCGGAAAAGGCUAGUGCUCACAGUGUCCACGACGACGAUGGCAACACAAAGAGCCCCACAGCAGCCUUUCAAGUAGAUGUGUCUCGGGGCGGAAAGUCUGGAAGCGAGAAGCAGCGUGCCAAGUUUCAAGGACCAUCGAAACAUGUUAUGGGUACUGGUCCUGCUGCCAGUGACACUGCUGGAGCCUUGAAAGGCGAUGUGCUCCCUGCCGCAAAGGCAAGAACCACAAAGAAGCUGCAUGCCAGUCAAAAACAAGCAGGAGAUUCUUCGGAUGAGGAAGGGUUCAUUCCUGAUGCUGUCCAUACGACAUCAAUACAAAGAAAGGAAGCACGCAACAAAGCAAAGCAACCAACAUUGGCUCCACAGAAAACAACUGCUCCAGCCGGCAUUGAUGACAACAUGGAUGUUGACGAUGAGAUGCCACUGAAGGCGUCCACGGAUGUCACUGAAAAGAAAUGCGCUGAGUCUCGCGAUCAUAUUCAUGUCGAUGACGAGGAGAGCCUCCAAUCUGCGAAGGCUUCACUCGAGGCCGCUCCUAAACCCACCAAAGAGAGACCAGCCUCGCCCAUUGUGCGUUCACAUGGAUGUGGACAAGGAGGACAUGCUCGUAUCCGAGAAGACUUCGCCUGA